UAGCAUACAGUGUCCCAGCCUCCCUUUCGAAUCACCCAUUAGCCUGCGACCGACUGACCGGGCGUGAACAGAGGCAGGGGAUGGCAGCAUGUCUGUAGCCUUGGGUAUAACACGCAGGGUCAGAAUCGUGUUUCCCUUUAAAGGCCGGGACCCCAGCAAGCAGCAAGUCCUCCUUGCACUCCCAAAGUCCUGAAGUAAGCGAGAUUUACCAAGAUGUCAGUAUGAAAGUGGACUCCUUGGAAGAAGCUGUUGUCUGGUCUCAGGAGGAAACUGGCCAGGAGCCAGAAGGCAUUUCAGACCAAGAAAAGGACGAAGCAAGAUUCGGGAAACCGUUCUUCUCCAUGGAAGAAAGACAAAAAUUUUUCCAGUCCAAAGACCUGGGUGCCAAGGAGUCACUGGUGUCCACCUCCACCGAGGACACAUUGUUCCAGAAGGAGGACGACUCCAAGAUGUACCCUUUGUCCUUGACUUGGUCCUUUGGCUGGAACAGUUCUCUCCCUGUGUACUACAUGCGGGAAGACAAGAGAAUCCUUCUCUACGUCUGCGGCCACACCGCCAUCAUCUACAACGUCUUCAAGAACAGCCAGUACCAUCUCCAGGGCCACCCUAACAUCAUCUCGUGCUUCUGCGUCAGCGAAGACAGGCGAUGGAUUGCCACAGCCGACGAAGGACCAGACUGCCUCAUAAUUAUAUGGGAUGCCUUCACGGGAAUCCCUGUGCACACCAUAUUUGACAGCUGUCCAGAAGGUAACGGCAUAAGGGCAAUAGCCAUCACCCGUGACUCCAAGUUUCUGGCCACCAUCUCGGAUGCUGAAAACCAGAAAGUGUGCAUCUGGAAGUGGACUUUGGCAGUGGAGACGCCCACAUGCGUGCUCGAGCUUCCCAAAGAGUAUGGUUUCCAGGAACACCUCAUCUUCAACCCAGUCAACAACAAUGAGCUGGUGAGCAAUAGCAAGACGCAGGCCGUCUACUAUUCCUGGUUUGAAGACAAGGGUAUACUUACGCACAGUGCCCCGCUUUUAACAGAGAAAACGUUCAACAAGCUUGUGGGGAAGUUUAGCCAGUCUGUCUUCCACUUGAAGUCAUCACAAAUCCUGUCGGCUACAAAGGAAGGGAAGCUGGUUGUCUGGGAUAUCCACUAUCCCUGGACCUCCUCCACCUCCUCCGCCGCCGCCAAAGCCGAAGCCGAAGCCGACCCCGACCCCGCUUCCGCCGACUCCGAAGUCUCCGAAUUCCCUUUCAUCAAGCCGCGGAAACUGGUCCAUUUACAGAAGGAGGCCAUCACAGUGCUCACGACAAUCGACAGCUACAUCGUCACGGGCGACAUUAAAGGCAUCAUUAAGUUCUAUGAUCACACCUUCUCCAUUGUCAACUGGUAUAGCAACUUCAAACUGGGCGCCAUAAGAACUCUGUCCUUCUCAAAGACCCUGCCAAGUCCGCCAACCGAGAAAUCCAACCUCCCCACGGACUGCACCCUAAGAGGCGACCUUUUCGUUGUCAGGAAUUUUAUCAUCGGGACGUUUGACGCCACCGUGUACCACAUGACAGUGGAUGGCACCAAACUUGAGAAGCUCUUUGUGGAACCCAGGGAUGCUGUCCACGCCAUCUCCUGCCACCCGUACCAAUCCCUCAUCGCAGUCGGGAGUGUCUGUGGGAUAAUCAAGGUGUGGGACUUCGAGAAGAAGGUCUAUCUGUUCAGCAGGACCUUUGAGAAGGGGCUUGGAGUCCAAAGUCUGACCUACAACCCCGAAGGAGCCCUCCUUGGAGCUGGAUUCACUGAGGGGACAGUUUAUAUUCUUGAUGCGAUGUCUUUAGAAAAUGAAACUUCAGAGCCCUUCAAAUAUUCCAGGAGCAGCGUGUCUCACGUCAGCUUCUCACACGACUCCAAUUACAUGGCGACCGCCGACGUCAGUUUCACUGUGGCCGUGUAUAUGAUAGUUGUCAAAAAUGGACAAAGGGUCUGGGAAUAUUUGGCGAGACUUCGCUCUCACCACAACAGCAUCCGCAGCCUCCUGUUCGGUAUUCACCUGGACAGCAACGAACCCAGGCUGCUGAGCCUUGGGACAGACAAAUUCUUGAUCGAGUACAAUCUUACCAAGAGCUACAAAGACCACCUGGAGGUCCUCGACAUUCACCGGACAGACCAGGGCAACUACCCCACCUGCAUGAUCUGGUACCCGCCGCUCACCAGGGAGCUCUUCCUGCUCAUUUGCAACAGUGGCUACAAGGUGAAGCUCUUCAAUGCCACCACAAAAAUGUGCAGAAAGACACUCCUUGGACCGGCGUACGGGUCGCCUAUUGAGCAUGCGCAGGUGCUCCCAGUAAAAUCCACGCUAGAGCUGCAGAAGCGCUACUUGGUGUUCAUUAACAAGGACAAGGUUGGUCUCCAGAUCUUACCAGUGGAUGGCAACCCACACAAAACAUGUGCUAUCGUUUGCCACCCAAAUGGGGUGUCUGGCUUGGCCCUUUCCUAUGAUGGCCACUUUGCCUUCACAGCGGGAGGCCAAGAUCGCUCGGUGGUGCAGUGGAAAAUCAACUUAGGUGCCCUGGAGGCGGCCGUUUCCCUCGGGGGUGAAGACCUGACCCCGUUCUACGGUCUGGUGUCCGGUGGCAGGGAAGGAAAAUUCUACAGGGAGCUGGAGGACUAUUUUUACUACUCUCAGAUACGCACUCAAGGUAUCGAUACAAUGGAGACCAGGCAGGUGUCGGAACACAUUUGCCUGUCGGAGCUUCCUUUUGUCAUGAGAGCGAUUGGUUUUUACCCGUCGGAGGAGAAGAUUGAGGACAUGUUUAAUGAGAUCAAAUUCAGUGAAUACGUGGACACCGGGAAGCUGAUCGACAAAAUCAACUUACCGGAUUUCCUCAAAGUUUAUCUCAACCAUAGGCCGCCUUUCGGCAACACCUUCGAUGGCAUCCAGAAAAGCUUUGACGUGCUUGGUUUCACCAAUUCUGAGGGGAAAAAGGCUAUUCAGAGAGAAGAUUUCCUGAACAUGCUCCUCACUAAAGGCGAACACAUGACGGAAGAGGAGAUGUUUGACUGUUUCGCGACUCUGUUUGGCCUGAGUCCUGAGGGGUGGAAAUCGGAGCCUGCAGCCUCCUGCACCAAAGGCCCAGAAAUCUGCCUCGAAAAAGAACUUCCAGAGGAAAUCACGGCAGAAAUAUUCACAACUGACAUUCUCGGCCUAACCCUUUCCAACCAUUCAGAACAGUCUGACCAGUGACGUCAUUGACGACGUUGGCAGCACAAAGGCGUUCAUGUGUGUGUGUGUGUGUGUGUGUGUGUGUGUGUGUGUGUGUGUGUAUGUGUGCAUUUUCCAAGAGGCGUUCCUUUUUCUGUACAUGCCCGCCCCCACCUUAAUCUUUGGAGCAUUUUAGACAUUAAAAACAAAUUUCUCUGAGGCAGUGGAA